UGUCAAAAACAUCCGAGGAUGCUCAGUAUAAAAGCCCAGCGUUCUCUGAUAUUUCCUUUGUCAAUUCCUCUUCCCAUUGUCAAAUCAUCAUCGUACUAGCGAUUUACAUCUUAUACAAUGCCUUUCCCCAGCGAUGGAGUGUAUUUUGUCAGAAACAUUGGCAGAGACCUCAUGCUCGAUCUCACGGGCAACAACACCACUGAAGGGAACCAGAUUCAAGGCUACGCUAAAAAUGGCACCGUGGCUCAGCAGUGGAUGAUCAAGAGACAGAACGAGCCAGGGUCCCCCAACAAAACUGUUAGCAUUCAGUCCAAUAACAACGGUAACAAUGGAAAUGGAUGCUUUGCUACUGCGAGCGAGGAUUCGGAUGUACCAGUCGUGUACACUAGGCAGGCGUUCAUCGUCGAUCUCGUUGGACGCAUGGACAAUACUUAUACCAUUAGCUUCACUCUUGGGAAUGAGAACCUGGUGUUAUCUAUUCCAAGUGCGAAAAAUAGUGCAGUGAAACUCGAGAAUCACGUCGCAGGAACUGCCCGCCAGCAGUGGGAAUUUACUCGUGUUUCUGACCUCCAACCAAUUACCUAGUUGUCGCC